ACCUAUGCUAUACUCACCCUGCCAUGCAGGUACAGUUGGCUGUGAAGACGUAGUUCUCUGGUUUGUUUACUAUGACCCAAGCCUCGUACAUAGCAGUCUUGUGUCCUUGUCUUUGGCUAGGAAGGACUUCUGCCUUCAAGACGCAAAACUCAGAGUCUAUGUCGUGAUAUUUUACUUUCUGUACAUGGCCACAGACAACAUAGUUGUAUGCAUCUAACGAUUUGUAUGCCCGUAGCUUCUCACGUGUGUACUUACUGGGCCUCUCCACUAAAAACGUAUAUAUAUCGGGCCACUGGAUAUCUGGCCACACACCUACAUCUUCCACCCAUUCCGUAAUGCCACAGGGAUCCGGGAGUCUGUUGCCAUUCGUUAAAGUAAGUUUAAUAAUAUAACAUACAAGAUCUGCCGGUGAUAACCCCGCAGCGUAGCUUGAUAAAGCCUGAAACAACGCCAUUCUCUGUUGCCAAGCUGCGCGCGCAUUCUCGCUGACGUCAUAUUGUUUACAAACAGUAAAAGGGUCUAUUGCUGACAAGAAAUUCAAACGCAUAGCAAUGGGAAUGCAUCCAAUCAGCGUUGUCGAUUCGGAAGCCCGAAGGGCGGUAGAGCUAUCGCCCAAGGCUGUUCGUUGAUGUUCGGGUUGAGCUUGACAGUCUUGACUACUCGAGCAAGGUAUUUGGUGGUGACGCAGAUGCAGUGAUGGACGUGAGUGGGCCUACAACGAGCAUGGAUACCGAAUCUCAGCAGCCACUGAAUUCAGUUCGGUCUCUUCUCCAGUAUCCGUUCGAGAGGAGAACAAUGGUUGAAAAACUUUAUGUCAAAGAGCUUGGACCAGAUCAGCCCGAUGUAAAGAUAAGCCAGCAGGACAAGGAGAAGGGUAAACUGUACACACGAGGCUUCUCCCGAAACUGGUACACCAGGAAGGCUUGGCUAGCUGGAUGCAAUCACGCUAAUGCAUUACUUUGCUUUCCGUGUUUGUUAUUCAAAACGAAUGUGACAGAUGAGGCAUGGAUUGAGUCAGGAGUUACAGACAUGAAACAUUUUUCUGAGAAGGUGAAGAAACACGAGUCAUCCCGGGCACACAUGGACAACACGGUGAAGCUAGCCAUGCUAGGCAGAGCUAACAUUGCCAUGCAGCUCGACGAGGGGCACAGGCUUGCAGUGAAGAAACACAAUGAAGAAGUGGAUCGGAACCGUCACAUUUUGUCCAAGAUAAUUGACUGUGUUAAAUUUUGUGGAGCAUUUGAGCUGGCUUUGCGUGGCCAUGAUGAGACUGAAUCCUCAGACAACCCGGGCGUCUUCAGGGACCUAGUGGAUAUGGUUGCUUCACUUGAUAAUGUGUUGGAGGAUCAUCUGAAGACGGCGACAGUUUUUAAAGUCACCUCAAAGACCGUGCAGAACGAGCUGUUGGACUGUAUGUUGUCAGUUAUUAAAACACACAUUCUUGGAGAGGUGAACAAUGCAGAUUAUCUUGCUAUUCAGGCAGUUGAGACUACAGACAUUUCCACCCGCUGCCAGUUGGUGCUUGUGUUACGGUAUCUCGACAGUCAGAACAGCAUUCAAGAGCGUUUUCUCGAGUUCAUCCUUCUUCAGAAUGCAACUGCUGACACGAUUUCCACAGCGCUGUUGGAGAGGCUGAGCAAGAUCCUCCCUGCUGGAAAAGAGGGAAAACGAAUUGCCCAGGCCUAUGAUGGGGCUGCAGUGAUGAGGGGAGCCACAGGUGGAGUGCAGUGUAAGGUGAAUGAUGUGUACACAAGUGCACACUACAUCCACUGCUAUGCCCAUCAGCUGAACCUCAUCAUGCAACAGGCAACUUCACACAUCCGCAGGAUCAGAACUUUCUUUUCAGACCUUGGUGGAUUUGCUGCUUUCUUCUCCCGGUCAUUCAAGCGAACCGCUGUGCUUGAUCAAGUGAUGGCGCUCAGACUUCCAGCAACUUCAGCAACCAGGUGGAACUUCCACAGUUGUGCUGUCAACACAGUGUAUGAGCACAAGGAUGACCACCUCAGAUGUUUCCAGAUGAUCAGAGACUCUGAUGACUUUGAUCCAAUCACUGAGAGAGAGGCAGGAAGCUUUGUGAGAAUGCUGGAGGAAGAUUUCUGCCUUCUCCUGGCAUUAGCCACGUUUACAUGCGCAUAUUUAAUCGGAUUGAAUGCCCAUUCAGAUUGAAAAUUCUGCUUGUAAACAUGUCAAUCAGAAUAUUCUGAUCCGAUUCGGCCCGAUCGGAUUGAAAUUUCAAUCCGAUUGAGAGAGGUGGUUUAUUCCGUUCUUCAUUCCGAUUGACGUGCAUGUACACAGCCAUUCGGAUUGUUGGGGUAAAAUAUUGCCCACUGCGCAUGUGUGCAACAGCCAGCGGGCCUCUCCGCUGUCAUUUGGACUGCCUGACUUCAAAAAUGACGGUGUAAUUAACGAGCGGCGGCUUUUAAAUCCGACAACAAGCCGUCCCGUUUCAGUAAUAUUUAAUUCAGAACUUGCAUUUUGUGGAAGUAAAAUAAAAAUCUGAUUAUUGCACAAAUCAUUCGACAAAGAUGUUCAAAUCUUUACUGGAAAUACGCAGGUUUAUCGUGGGGGUUGCAGCGCACGGAUCCCCGUUUCUGUCAGCUUUGAACACAGCAGCUUCUGCAGCAGGUGAUGGAGACACGCUUGUAAAGAACACAGGAUAAUCUGGGUUUUACAGACCUGAUUGGAGGCUGAUGUUGGGUAGGAAAACGUCCUCGGUUAAAUACUCUGGACGACAGUAAAGUCCGUGUUCGUUAAAAGCACGUAAACGCAGAUGACCUGAGAUGCGGUUCGUUAAUGAUGAACACAGGCUUCUAAACUUUCUGAACAUCUUCUGUUAUUUUGUUUGAACAGAUUUUUCUCAACAGUUUCAGCUGAUCGUCACAUGUUAUUAAUAAUAAGCCACAACAGAGCUCAGUAAUAAAACAUGAGGCUAACCCCCCCCCCACCCCCCGUCCCCGCUCUGUGCCGCAGCGCAGCGCAACAGCUGUCAAUUCAGACCUGCGGACCAGCUGAUCAAGAGGCAGACAUAACCCUCCCUUAUUUUAAUCAACAAUAAAAUGCAGCAAAGCAUAUAUCUGCAGUUAUUCACUGAAGAAAACGUAACUUCUAUGAGCUAAAUAAAAAUAUUAAAUUGAAUAAAUGGAUCAGGAAAGCAGGAAGAAUAGUUAUUUCUGUUUUUACAUUUUUCUUUUCGUUUCAUGGCGUUUGUUUACAAUUUCUUUCGUGAAAGGCAACUCUGCGCAUGCUCAACCUAUUUAAUCGGAUUAAAUGCUUGGUGCAUAUGUACGCACGGCAUGAUCGGAUCAUUUCAGUUCGUGUCCAUGUGAACAGAGAUUCGGAAAUUCCGAUCAACCAAGAUUUCAAUCGGAUUGAGGAAAUUUGCCACAUGAAAACGCAGCUAAUGUUUCACAAGAUCAUGCCACACGUGGACAUGCUGUUCAACCAGCUGCAGAAGAGCAACAUUGACUCGGUCUACAUCACAGGGGUCAUCCAGAGCUUCACCAACAGCAUGCAAAAGAUCAGGUACAUACUUGUUUAUUUAAUAUUAUUGUUGUGAUGAAAUUCUCCAGUAUGUUAGUUUCACAAACAGUAAUGUGGAUGUGGAACUUGUGUCUCAUUAGGGACUCCAUUCAUUCUCUGACUGAGGAAUGCAGCGCAUCAGUGCAGCAGCAGCCAACAAAGAAACUGAGGACGUCUGGACAGGGAGAACAGCAGCUGGGUGCAGAGGUUUGUGACACCAUCCUGAACCAUGCAAAAGAGCGAUUCUCUUUAACCAAGCACCUCGUUGCUGCCACUCUGCUACAAAGUGACUUAUUUGUGCAACACACAGCACAGUUCCCAGAUGCAGCACUGGCGACCGCUGUAGAGGCCUACCCCAUGCUAAACAAAGCUAAGCUCAGAACAGAGCUAUCCCUCAUCUAUGAGAACCAUGAGUUCAGGACUUGCACUGGUGCACUGACUCUCUUCCAGUUUUUCAUGGAGAACAAUCUUUAAAGCACAUUCACAGAGACUGUCACUCUUUUGAAUAUUCUUGUCACCACACCCAUGACCACAGCCGAAUCAGAAAGGUGCUUUUCUACUUUGAAGAGGAUUAAGACUUUCCUGAGGAACACCAUGACACAGGAUGGGCUGAAUGCUCUUGCCAUGCUCUCCAUGGAAAAAAAGCUUGUCACAAACAUUCCUGACUUCAGUAAAAAGGUCAUCGAGAGCUUUGCCACUCAGAAGGACAGAAGGGCAAAAUUUCUGUACAAAUGAGGUAUCACACACACACAAAUGCAUCCACUUGAUCUUUGUAUAAAGUUGACCUUAGCACAACACUCCAGAAAUAUUUAACAGUGUAAAUUUCUGGCAUUUCUUCUAAGUGGUGUUUACUACCAUUACUGUAACAGUGACCUGCUCAUAAUUUUUCGUGUUCACUCAAAUGUUGAAAUUAAACAAAAUGUUUUUGUUACUUGCCUCUUGCAAGUUUAUGGUCAUGUUAUUUUAUGUGCAAUUUAAUGCAGUAUUUUUCAACCUUGGUCUGCAAGGCAGCGUGCCAAUAGUCAGACACACUUGGAUUAAUCAGUUUGUCCAAUGAUGUAAGACAGGAAAUAAAAGAGCUGUGCUUAAUUC